AUGCCCAGCCUGGUGUGGUUGGAUGCUGGGAGCCAGAUAUUAUACUCUUGCUGUGUGUGCUUUGGCUGUAUGUCAGCUUUGGGAAGCUACAACAAAUACAACAACAACAACAACAACAACUGCUACAGAGACACUUUUGCCCUGUGCACACUAAACAGUCUAAGCAGCUUUGUUGCGGGCUUUGCAGUCUUCUCUGUCCUCGGCUUCAUGUCCUAUGAGUUGGGUGUUGACAUCUCAGUGGUGGCUGAAUCAGGUCCUGGAUUGGCAUUCAUUGCCUACCCUCGGGCCAUAGCCAUGAUACCUUUACCCCAACUCUGGUUUGUUUUUUUCUUCAUGAUGAUAAUCUUCCUUGGACUGGACACUGAGUUUGUGUGUAUGGAAGCCUUGGUGACAGCCAUAUCAGACUUGUAUCCAUCCUUCUUUUACCCUGGUCAUCGACGUAAACUGCUUCUGCUGGUCAUCUGUGGUGUAUCUUUGAUCACUGGCCUGUUGAUGGUGACUGAAGGAGGACUUUAUGUUUUUCUGCUGUUUGAUCACUAUGCUUGCAGUGGAAUACCAAUCGUGUUUUUCGCCAUUUUGGAAUCCAUCUGUGUGGGAUGGAUAUUUGGUAAGCAACAAAAAGUCAUGUAG